AGAGACUACAUUAUUGCUUAUCAACAUUGUCAUUCUCCAACAAGCAAUAUGGUUUACUCAAAUUCAUAUAUGUUUCUUGGUAUUGGAGUUUUUGUUAUUCUCUCUUCUCAUGCUUUAGCUAAUCAUUUGGCCUCUGAGCCCCUUAUUUAUGAUGUUUAUAAAAUGCCUCCAGAGCCCCCUACUUAUCCCGAAAUUAAUGGAGAGGCAUUGGAUGACCAAAAGGUCGACCAAGAAUACGUGAAGGCUCAGGCAAAAGAAGAGGCAUUGGAUUUGAAUGAGCAAAAGGUCGUAGAAUAUAACGCACAAAAAAUUGAAGAGGCAUUGGGUGAGCAAAAAGCCCUAGAAUACGUGACGGCACAAAAAUUGGCUGCGUGUGAAAGUCCUCCUAAUCCACUUUCGAAUUCUAAAAUCAACGAAGAGAUAUUAGAUGACCAAAAGAGCCAAGAAUACGUGAAGACUCAUAAAUCUGAAGAGGCAUUGGAUGAGGAAAUGGUCCUCGAAUAUCUUAAGGCGGCACAUAAGUUUGCAGAAGCAUUGGAUGACCAUAAGGGCCAAGAAUAUGUGAAGGCUCAUAAAUUUGUAGGGGGAGAAGGAGAUGAUGAUGACGACGACGAUGAUGAUGACGAUGAUGAUGAUUAUGAAGAAGAAAUUCUUCAGUGCUUGAAUUGCUUACAUGCAAGAAAGCUAGGCAAGGAUCAUGAGAAAGAUGAAAGUUUUGGGAAUGAAAGGUUUAGUUCGUUGGGAAGAAGGGAGAUAGAGAGAUCUGCUUGUGAAAGUCCUCCUAAUCCUCUUACUGGUCUCAAAAUUAACGAAGAGGCAUUGGAUGACCAAAAGGACCAAGAAUAUGUGAAAGCUCAGAAAAUUGCUGCUUGUGAAAGUCCUCCUAAUCCCCUUACUGAUCACAAAAUUAAUGAGGCAUUGGAUGAUCAAAAGGACCUAGAAAUUAACGGGAAGGCUCCAAAAAUUGCUGCUGCAUCUGAAAGUUCUAAGCCCCUUACCGGUGUAGAAAUUAAUGAGUCUAAAGUUGAUUGGAGGUCUUUCCAUGCAAAAUAUCCUUGGAUAAAAAAGAAUGCUCAUAAAAGUAUUCCUGGAAGCAGAAAAUUACUCAAUGAUAUUGCCAAUGACCAGCUUGGAGGACAUUCUCUACAAAUCUGAUGAAGAAUAAUGUUGCAACCAAAAAAUCACUACAGGACUUUUUAGUGAUGAGAAAAUAAAGUUUUUUUAAUGGCAAAUAUAAUAUGUAUUAAUAAAUUAAAGUAUAAGAGUCCUCCUACCCAUAUACUAUAAUAUAUAAAUUAAGUUGUUUUAGGUUGAAUAGACCUACAAAUUAAACACAAGUUGUUAAUUAUAUGUCAUAUUUAUAAUGAUAAUUAUGUUGUGGAAUUGUUGUCAA